GGCAAGGUUACCGUCAAUUCCCAACAAUGAGCCCAACCAUUGGAACACGACCGGUCGGCUUCUUACCGGUGCUCGUGUGGGUUGCCAGACAGGCGAAAACGGUUCCGGAUAUUGGCCCGGCCCAUGAGCGGCACGUGAACGUCAGAGGCGAAGCUCGGGUAUAAAAGAGAACCACCCCUGAUCCGGGGCACCCGCUGUGUCCGCUCCUUCCGAUCUUUGCACGAGGAGAGUCGCCGUACACCGCCCAACAUGAAAGUCGUGCUCGCACUCGCUGUUCUGUGCAUGGCAGUUGCCGUCUCCUUUGCUGGCUACGGCUAUGGCCUCGGACACUACGGUGGCUAUGGUGGCUACGGCGGAUAUGGCGGCUAUGGUGGUUAUGGUGGCUACGGAGGAUAUGGUGGAUACGGACACGGUGGUUACGGCGGUUACGGCCGUGGCUACGGAGGCUAUGGCGGUUACGGGGGUUACGGCCAUGGAUACGGCGGCCACGGCCACGGGCACGGAGGCUAUGGUCAUGGAUACGGAUUCAAAAAGAUAAUCUACGGCCAUGGAUACGGCCACGGCGGUUACGGCCAUGGAGGAUAUGGAGGCUACGGUCACGGUUACCACGGCUGAGAUUCAAUUGCUUUCGUUGUGAGUGUUCCGUCUUAAUAAAAAAUGUCUGCCCUUUCCCUUCAAAAAGACUUUUCUUUCGAUUCAAUCACUGUUUCUCAUCCUUUUUUUACAUCCUUUAUUUUUAGAUUUUUUUUUCAUGUAGUUGCGGGAGAACAAGUGCGGGAGCUUCAAAGAGUAGUAGUAGCAACACCGCUAUACAUAAUAUAGGCAAACUCUGACACCAUGCAAGAACAGCGCUAGUGCAAUGGCAUGGUUGCGCCUUUACAAAAAUGCUACAACGAAGUAGCUCUUGUCAAACUCUCGAAAAUGAAGGUGCUAGCCAUAACAGGCAACCGUGUACAACAACAACGAUGCACACUUAGACGGGCAAUAGCAUUUGCUAUUGUCUACUGUGUUAACGUUAAUGUUAAUUUGUGUUAAGGUAGCGGUGUAGCUAGGACGACUUAAAUGGGAGAAUUAUUCAAGAAUAGUCCCAUUACACAGGUGACAAAGUCAGUUCGUACAAAAUUAUUAAACUCAACGCCAGACGGCUUCAUUUUUCUUUCAAUGACGCGCUCUUUCUACCAUUGAUAUGGGCCGAUCUCAACGCAGUCGAAAAAAUAGCUGGCUACCAAACAUCAAGUGCUCUUAACUACUGUGCCAUCCGAACUAAUUUAACUUAUCGCCGAAUCCACCCUUAAACAGGUGCCAUACAAUGCUCAUUCGGAUAAUUUCCUAAGGCAGUCAUAUAAAAACUUGCUGCAAGCAGUGAUAAACAGACAGUUAAAAUGCAUGUGGCUACCCUAUAAUUAAAUCUGACACAGUUCAUACAUAUUUGAGAAGGGAUUUCCUUCAAUUAACCACGCAGAGUGUGAUAAUAAUUACGGUAGCAAUAGCUUUACUCCCGACAAACAGAAAACAGGUGAAAUAAUGCACUGAUGAGUGCUAAAGCUACUGUAUUUGACUGUGCGCCUUUGUAGAGCCAAAAUGUCAUAUAUAUUUGUUCGCACAAAAAAAAAUAGUGCAGAAACACCACAGAAGUACCAGUGGAACGUAAGUGACAGGAUAAGAACACGCUUAAGUGUGUCAGGAAAAACUUCGAACAUUGUCCAAAAUAAUACAAAUAAUGGCAUGCCGCAAGAAUUACAUGAAAUACUUCUUAGUAUUAAGACAGAACGAAACUAUCGAAGUUCACUUUCAUGGAAGCGACGCGCCGUAAUAUCACACGAUUCACUAAA